UCAAAAAGAUUAUCGCACACGACGAAUGAAAUGUCAGAUUGAGAUCACGGGUAUUUAAUCACGUGACUGUUGUCACGCGUGUGUAUCUUUAAUUAGAUAAAGUCAGCUGAUUUCGAGUGAUUCUCUGGAGCAAGUAAAAGAAGGAAAUAUGGCGAAAGACGAAAAUCCACCAACGGAAGAAAUGAAAAAAGAAGAAGAUAUGGAAGAGAUACAAACAGAAGAAGCUAGUUACGAUGACACUGACGAUGAAGUAACCUAUGUCGAAAACGAGGAACAAUUGUUGUCGUCUAUGGUCAGUCACAUGGUUGAUCACAUUUGCGAUCGCAUUGAGGAGGAUGCGUUUACUGAAGAAGAUAUUAUCGAUACAGGUAUGAAGGCGUUAGAAGAUGAGUUGGAGGACUUGGAAGCUGCUUUGGAUCAUUUGGAAAAGAAGAAUGAUGAUAUACGUGCACAACUAACUGAAUUGCUCCAAUCGAAUCGUGAAGCAAGAAAACAGUUUCAAGAAUCACGACUUGAAGAAGAACAAUCAAAGUGAUGGUCACUUUGUACUUAAUUACAUGAUUUAUUUAUUGGAUGUUUAGAAAUAUUAUCUAAUCUCAUUAAUGAGAUAUUUCUUAUUUAUUUAUAAAGAGAAUGAAGGAUGCUUUAUAAUCAAAUUCAUCAGAAUAUGAAAUGAAAAUUUUAA